GGCUAUUCGACGCAUAUUCACUGAUAAGGCUUCUUUAAAGAUAAAUCCGCCUCCGUUAUGCGCUGUCACCAUCUAUAGUGACGAAGAGGAGGAGAAGACGAAGGGGAUGCUGAAGUAGCGCGGGAUGCUGUGGAGGGACAACAUCGUGGGAGGAAGGCUCAGAGACAACCAGCGGGUGGCGAUAACCGAAUGGCUUCUCCGGAGCCGCUUCCCGCAGAUGAGGCAGGGAAGCGGUCGGAUCCUCCCGACGUCCUUGACCGAGUUUCGGGUGCACCGCUCGUCCGCAAGUCGGGCGGAUCAACAGGAGGAGCGCUCCCCGGGGAGGCUGGCUGUAACCCGGCCCGCAGUUGCCAUGGCAGGUGCCUCUCAGCACCAAGGACGGCACCGCGCAAGGGCGGCGCGGAGCUCAAACUCGGUCACCUCGGCGACGAGAAAGUGCGACUUUGCUGCGAUGAGGAAUUAGAGACCUCAUUCACAUACAUUGAUGAGAAUGUCAAUGUGCGACUGGCCAGCCCGGCCUCUAGUUGUAGAAGUGCGCACAGACCCGUGCGCAACGGCGAGCCUUGCUCCGAGACGUUCCCGGAGCUCUCCUUCAUGUCCGAGGACGAUCUUUCCUUCGGGGAGGGCUCUGGAAGUUCUAUAGACUACGGCUUUAUCAGUGCAGUCACGUUCUUGGUGACGGGGAUCUCCCUGGUAAUCAUCUCCUACGCGGUGCCUCGGGAUGUAGUGGUGGACCGGGACAGCGUGUCGGCGAGGGAGAUGGAGAGGCUGGAGAUGGAGAGCGCCCGGAUAGGUGCCCACCUGGACCGGUGCGUCAUAGCGGGACUGUGCCUGCUCACGCUGGGCGGCGUGGUGCUCUCCACGCUGCUGAUGAUCUCCAUGUGGAAAGGGGAAAUGUACAGGAGAAAGGUCAUCGCUUACUCAAAGCGCUCCGCUAAACAUUACGGCUCUAUCAGCCUGAAAACUAGGUCCAGUCCCAGCCACUCGUCUGCGCACUUGUCCCUGGAGGAGGACAUGGAGGAAACUUUGACUUAACAUGCUGCUCUGCAUCCAACAAACCGCUUUGCAUAUAUAAACCUUUUGUGUAUAACUGAGUAUUUCACGCCAUUCACAUUCUCUAACAUCCUUCAUCCUACUACUGUAUCAUACACUCAAAAUAAGUCUGCAUCAUUUUGUCCUGUAGAAACAGAUCACAUGUUCUAUUAUGUAUCCACUGGAGAGCAGAAAAGCACUCGAAUGAAAAGUGAGCAAUAGGUAGAGAAACACAGUGUGGUGUCAAAUUGUUCUGAAUUGAUUUUACCACACCACAGCAUAAAAGUGAUUGUUAAGAGCUUUGUGUCACAAACCCUGGUUCAUGUGUUUUUGUACCACGGAUGCAAACUUCUGAGAGCUUCCAUUUAUUAUUAAGGCUAUUCAUAUUUAAUGCGAAUGUUUCCAGCAGCAAAUUUGUGCACAGACACAUUUCAGGAAGUCAGGAAAGUGUGUCCCCAGGGCAGGAGAGUGGGUGUGUGGGGGAUUCAUGGCCAAGCUGUCCCUGUCCACUGUGAUGGGGGAGAAUCAGUUCACCGAUCCACACGGUAAUAUCCAGUGACAGUGCCUCUCUGGUGCAGUGCUGAGGUAAGCCAGUAAGCCUGGCGUCAUGAAUCUGAGCCAAAGCUCCACGUCGGUUUGAUUGUACUGAGCUUGACUAUGGGCCACAUUCGACAGUGCUGACAUGCACUGUGCUCUCUCCUGGGCUCUCUGCUGGCUCUCUGCUGCUUUUGGAGCAGUGUACACAUUCGGUGGACACCACAGACAGUAGUUUAUAUCUUACUAAAUCACCUUAUUGUACAGUUGGAGUUUGUGGAAUAGUGAGCAUGCAGAGCCCUCGGUCUUGUCGGUGUGGUAACAGCAAACUGGAGGGUACAGUGACCCCAGAAUGAGAUGAGACAGUGAAAAGAUGGCCUAAAUUUCA